AAAAAAAUAUGCAUUUGUGUUGGGUUUUUUGUUGUUGAAUCGAAUUCACCAAAUUGCCCAAAUUCCAAGUGAAAAACGCGAAUUAAUGAAAAUAAUGAAAAUAUUUUGACUCCCGGCUCGUGAUCGCAUCGAACUUUAAAACGGGAUCGUUUGGAGGUUUUUGAAAUAUAAAUUAUGCACAAAUUUCGAAUACAGUCCAAAACGGUUUGAAAUUAAGCGACGAUCGCCAACUGGAAAUGGUCCUUCAACGCUAUUGCCCAUACUAAAAAGAAAAAAAAAGAAAAUAAUAAUUCAAUCGCGUGCAUCUCUUGUGUGUGCGAAAAAAUAAAUAAUGCAGCAAUCUAUUGAAAAAUUAAUCAAUCAAGAGAUCUAGUGCAAAAGGAAGAAGAAGAGAGAGAAAAAAAAGUAUCUCGAAAAUGUGCGAGUGAGAACGAGUAGAAAUUUAGCAAAGCAAAAGCAAAUCCAUAUAGAGCUCAAGCUCUAAACACGACGACGGGAUAUUCAUUCAAUGGGAGGAGCGCGCCCAUUUAAAAUUAUGCGCCUCCGCGACGGCAUUAGAGAAAUGCUCAAUAGAUCGUGAGUUCUCGAAACAUGGUACGCGACAGCAGCCGUAACAUUUGUUUUGGAAAAUUAGCCGAAACUACGCAGCAACAACAACAACAAAUCGCCGUGGAUAGUAGCAGCAGCAACAAAAACAACAACACCAACAACAACAACAACAAUAACAAUAACAACAACAACAACAAUAAUAACAAUAACAAUAGCCAGAAACUACGCGAUACAUUAAAAAGGUCUACAGAAGAACCACCGACAAACAGCUUCGAAAGGAACUACUACGAUCGCAGCCGCAUAGUCUACCAAGCCAGCAACGCAGCAGCAGCAGCAGUAGCCACAACUGCCAGCAGCAACAACAUCACUAACAGCACCAACAGCAACAACAGCAGCAGCGACAGAUCGCGCGCCCGAGAUCGUCUAUACAGGAAUGGUUCAGCAGCAGCCGCAGCAGCAGCAGCAGCAGUUGGUGCGUCAGCUACAAGCAGCAACACGACGACAACGACAGCAGCAACAGCAGCAGCUGCAGCGGGUGUGGGCGCGGUUGCGGUUGCAGGAGGAGGAGCAGUUGGUGGUGGUGGUCCAUUGCCGCCACAAGCGUUGGGUGAUCGCAGCAACAACAACAACAUUAACCAAAACACACGCGUACCGCAGUCAUGGUACGAAGCUGCUGCUACUGCGACAGCGCAUCUGAAAAGUCCUGGUGGCAGUGGCAAUGCCGGCGUCUCAGCAGCUGGCAGCAUAAUGAGCUCACCGAUCAAUCAUCAUCCACAUCAUCAUCACUACAACACAUCCGCCUCGUACUCAUCACCCGCCCACUCGCACUCGCAUGCGCAUACGCACACGAUAGCAGCGGCACCGGCGGCAGCAGCAGCAGCGGCGGCAUCCUCGACAACCGCCAUGCACCGCAGCGUUGCGUAUGCGGGCAGUGUUGCGGAUGAGGCAGCGGCGGCGGCGGCAACGGCAACAAGCCCCGCCGGCGUCAGCAAACUAAACAAGCUGCUCAAAACGGCAGCGGCUCGCUGUGGCUCUGAGUCGCCCUCAGGCGGUGCUGGUGCAGUGACAGGAGCAGCAGCAACAGCAGCAGCAGCGACGACAAGUACAAUCACAAACAAUAGUUUUAGUAGUAAUAGUUUAAAUAUAAUAAACACGGCCACUCCAACGAUGCCAAUUGCAACAGCUGCAGCAGCAACAACAGCUUCUAGUGGCAGCAGCAGCGGCAGCGGUGACAUUUUAAAUGUGGCCGCUGCCCUGGCCGCCGCCGUGGACAAUGGCAAUGCGGCGCAACAGGGCGUGGGCGGCGUCGGCGGCGGCGGACGUGCACCGCGUCAUCAUUUGCAUGGUCGGAGCACAACAUCGUCGAGUCGCUCGCAUUCACGUUCGCCGAGCAGCUACAGCAGCUCGCAUAGCUCAUCAUCGGCCUCAUCGCACUCAUCGUCGCAUUCGCACGCGUCCAGCCCGAUAUCGGGCAAUUGUGCCGAUGCACUCGUUGGAGUCGUUGGUGGCAUUAACGCUACAUCGUCGCAUCGCAGCUCACGCAGUCUGCAGUCCUGUGUGGCAGCUAGCAGCAACUCUUCAAAUCCCAGUGGCAAUGUCGUCAGCGGUGGUGGCUGUGGUUCGAGUAGUAGCAGCAGCAGCAGCUCCAGUAGCAGCAGCAGCUCCUGUUUGGCGGCCAAUCCGGUGGUGCAUUCCGAAGAUAAUCGGCCGUUGGCGAUACGCGUACGCAACCUGCCCGCACGUUCCUCGGACACAUCCCUUAAGGAUGGUCUCUUUCACGAGUACAAAAAGCACGGCAAGGUCACGUGGGUGAAGGUCGUGGGACAGAAUUCGGAGCGUUAUGCGCUCGUCUGCUUUAAAAAACCGGACGAUGUGGAGAAGGCUCUCGAAGUAUCCCAUGAUAAACAUUUCUUUGGCUGUAAAAUCGAGGUGGAACCGUAUCAGGGCUACGACGUAGAGGACAAUGAAUUUCGUCCCUACGAAGCCGAACUGGACGAAUACAAUCCGAAAGCGACACGAACCCUGUUCAUUGGCAACCUCGAGAAGGAUAUAACCGCCAGCGAGCUGCGCGUCCAUUUCGAAAGCUUUGGCGAGAUCAUCGAGAUUGAUAUCAAGAAGCAGGGACUGAAUGCCUAUGCCUUUUGUCAGUAUUCGGAUAUUGUGUCUGUGGUCAAGGCAAUGCGUAAAAUGGAUGGCGAGCAUUUGGGCAGCAAUCGCAUUAAUCUGGGCUUUGGCAAGUCCAUGCCCACGAAUUGUGUCUGGAUUGAUGGUGUCGGCGAGAAGGUCUCCGAAACCUUUCUGCAGUCACAGUUCACGCGCUUCGGCACCGUCACCAAGGUCAGCAUUGAUCGCACGCGACAAUUGGCUUUGGUGCUGUACGAUCAGGUGCAGAAUGCGCAGGCUGCUGUCAAGGAUAUGCGUGGCACCAUUAUGCGUGGACGUAAACUGCAGGUGGACUUUGCAUCGCGUGAAUGCCAGGAUGCCUUCUACGAGAAACAGGAGAAGCAGCAGCAGCAGCAAGGCUCCUCCUCCUCCCGCUUUAAUCGCUACGACUCAUCACAGUCACGUUCGCGCGCCUCCUCCUUCAGUCGACAUCAGAACUCGAACGAUGGCUGCUCGCCAGGCGGCAAUACGCCUGGUGGUGGUGUUGGUGGCGUCAGCGGCAGCAUCAGUAGUGCUGGCAACAGCAACAAUAGCACCGGCAGCAGCAGCAUCUCGGCGAGCAAUGCGAUGCCAGCGCCGAGCAUUGCAUCGGCAGUUGUGAGCAACGCUGGAGCAACAUCCGCAGCGUUACCCUCGGCGGUGGGCCCGAGUGCGAUGCCCAUGUCGCCAGCGGCGAUGGUCCAGGCGCGUAUGCGUAUGGCGCGCAAUGCGCGGCACACCAUUGACUUUGACUUCAACGAUGUGGGUCGACGGUUUCGCAACUUUGAACCGGGCAACAAUAACAACAACAACAACAAUAGUAACAGCGGCAACAGUCAGGCGCAGGACGAGGAUGCGGGCGUUGUUAUGCGCUCCGAUUCGCCUGUAAUUGCAAGACUCGGACCGGCUGUCAAUAGCAGCGGAAGUGGGAGUGGCAGCACCAACGCUGGCAACCCCAGCGAAAUGCUCGAGCUGACACUGAACAACAGCAACAGCGGCGGAAGCAGCAGCAACAGUCGCCGGCGUUGUGGUAAGACAAAUGUAGAUUUGCGCCAUCAUGUGCACAAUCAACGUUUUCAAUUGCCAGAACAACUCGAGGAGUGCCCGUCCAGUGGUGAUGAGGGCGUGGUCAGUCCGCGCAAGCGCAUCAAAAUGGAUUACCAUCAUCAUCAUCAUCAUUCCAAUGCCAGUGCGGUAAGUGAAACACACAUACACAAAAUAUGCAACAAGCCCAGUCCGCUGUCCAACUGUGAUGUCAUACACGAUCCGCUGAAUCGGAAGAGCGAAAUACGUCGCGUCUCGGAGGCGGGCAAAUUUUCAGCGGUCGCACCGCCGCCAAUGCCAAUGCAACACCACAGCAUGAUGGUCAGCUGCCGGCGGCCAUCGAUUGAUGUGGGCGCCCUCUCGGCGCUGUCCAACUCGUCGGCAUUUCGGCACGGCCUAGUCGGUGCGAGCAGCAUGGAUCAGCAGCAUCUAAUGAAUACGUCACUGGCGGCGAAGCGACGUCGUGUGACCGCUAGCACGCUGCAGCUAUCCCAGCCACAGCCGCUGCAACAGCAGCAAUCAGCCUCCACCUCCUGCAGCAAUCCCGCGAGCAACAGCGGUAGCGGCAACAGCGCUAGCCUGCCAACGCCUUCGCUGGCAGCGCCCACGCCCAAUGAUGACUAUCAUCAUCAUGCGUCGCGCGGACGCGGCCAUCAGCUACAUUCCCAUCAUUCGCACGAGGCCAGCGGCGGCGAGAGCGCCGAUGGCUCCAGGCCGGGCACGCCGCUCUGCGAUGAACGACCGGAGGUGCUGCCCACAGAGCCGCGUCGGCUGCCGCCGCCACGGGAACGGGCACGGGAGCGUGUGCGCGACAUUAUGUGGCUGCCGCUACCCAAAUUCGGUGUGAUGUUUUUUCAGCAGCAGCGCAGCGGAAGCGGUGGCACAGCCAGCGGAGUAUCCAGCUAUUUGCAGCAGCUGGCGACGACAACAACGGCGUUGCUUGCCAGUAACAACAACAACAACAACUCUAGUCUUAGCGGAGGCGCUGCUGGGAUGUUGUCUAGCGGCUCAUCAACGUCGGCGACUGCGUCCAGUUUAGGCUUUUUGCCCAGUCCCUCCUCGCGCUAUUGGCGUUCCUCAAAUCAUCAUCAUCACCAGCACCACCAUCACCAUCAGCAGCAACAGCAGCAGCAACAACAGCAGCAGCAACAACAGCAGCAGCAGCAACAACAGUUGCAACUGCAGCAAUCGUCAUCGUCAUCCUCAUCGAUUGGCCUGAUGGGCAGUCCGGCGCGUCCGCGCUCGCUGAGCUCCAACUCAAGCGAUUCGGAUGUUCCGAGCGGCCAGACGGGUGGCAGCCCAUCGCUGGAUGAACGACUGCGCAACUUUGAGGAGAACUACGAGCGCUGGUCUGGCGGCAGCAGCAACGCAAAUCCCGGCCAUGGCCAUAGUCACGCCAGCAGCAGCAGCCAGUCGAACACACCUUCCUGGCAGCUCUCCAUGCACGCGACGAACCUGGGCGGCCUGGGCUCGUCGCAUCAGGCGGGCUCCGGCAAUAGCAACAGCUCCAGCGGCACUGUCUCCAGUUCGACGAGCAAUUCGCGUCACAAAUUUCUGGACAUCGAUGAGCUGCAGCCCUCAGAUAUUGUCAAAUCCCUGCUGGCCAAGAAGUCCGUGUUCGACGAUGACUUUCAGCGACUCAAGAAGAAUCAAUGGUACGAGCCCGCCAGCACAGACUUUGCCACGGGCUCGACAACGUUGGCGAAUGCACGGCAUGGUGGACUCUGUAGUGGGAACACGUCGCCGGCGCUGCCGAAUUUGGCGGCCACCAAAACGACGCCCAUCAUUGGCAACUGUAGCAGCCUCCUUACCGGCAGCAGCAGCGGCAGCUGCAAGACAAGCGGCCUGCUGCAGCGCCUGAGCAGCUUGUCGCCCAUGAACUCGCCGCAGGCUUCGAUGUCGCCCUACAACAGCCCGUCGCCCUCGCCCUCUGUGGUGAAUACCAAUGUGGUCAGCGGUCUUGGGCAGCUGGCCAAGCCCAGCAGUGGCGCUACCAGCAGCAGCACAACAGCAGCUGCGACAGCUGUUAUUGGUGGAACGUCUAGCGGCAGCAGUGGUCCAACAAAGGGACUGCAAUAUCCAUUUCCCAGUCACCCGCCAUUGCCAAAUACUGCAGCACCACCGCCGGCGAUACAACCGGCGCCACCUCCACCACCAGAGUUUCCCAAAGCAAAGCCAACAGCGGCGUCCACAGGCAGUCAACAGCUCAGCAAGAGCCUCAGCGUGCCAGCGGCAGCCAAUGAGCCACGCUCCGUGCUUCAAAAGUCCGCCUCAGUGCCGGGCAGCACCAAUGUGGGCACUACUGGGAGCAGCAGCAACCUAUCCUCCAACGGUAACAGUUCCUCAACAACAACAACAACCACACACGUACAAAAACAAACACCAAACAGCUCGAUGGAUGAAGCGGAGGCCAAGGGCAACGCCAAGAGCUCAUCCGCCAACUCAACAACCGCCUCCUGCUCCACGUCCAAGAAGAGCAGCAGCAGCAGCGGCGACAAGUCGCAUGGCAGCAGCAAGCACAACAAUCGCUCCGAUGCGGAUAAAAAGUCGAAAAAGUCCUCUUCCUCAUCCUCCUCCUCCUCGAACACAACCACCUCCGAUAAGCGCAAGAACUCGGCAACAUCGCAGUCCUCGAAGUCGGCAACGCCCAAAGUGGAAGAUGAGUCCACCGAGUCGGAUGAACCUAUGGAGAAGCCCGACAAGGAGCAGCCGCGCCAGGAGCGCGACAAAGAGAAGGAAAAGUCGCAGCACAAGGAGCGACAGGAGCGAGAGAAACGCGAAAAGGAACUGCGCAAGCAACAGGAGCGUGAAGAAAAGGAACGCAAAGCGCAGGAGGAACGCGAGCGCGAAGACCGAAAGGCCAAAGAAGAGAAGGAAAAGGAAAAGGAAAGAGAUCGGGAGCGUGAACGCGAACGAGAGCGCGAGCGUAAGGCACAAGAAGAGCGUGAGCAAAAGGAGCGCGAAGAGCGUGAGAAGGAACAACGCGAAAAGGAGCAGUUGGAACAGGAGGCGCGGCAGGCGCGCAUGCGCGACAUGUCCGCCUACCACAAGAACAAAUCCGAUGCCAGCUCCGAAGCGAGCAGCUUCUACGCCCACAAUCCAGCCACGCCCAACGAAUGUGAGCGACAGAACAACAAAGAGAAUGCCGUUGCCACGGAUAUAACCACAACAACAGCAGCAGCCGCAGCAGCAGUCGCAGCAGCUUCAGGCAGCGCUUCCACUGAGAGCAGUAGCAAGGAUCGUUCCCGCAAAUCGUCACGCAAUUCCCCUGUGCCCAGUACGGGCCGCCAGCACAAGCGACGCCUCAGUUCGCAGGACAGCAAUCAUAGCAGCGGUUGCGCUGGCGCUGGCGGUGGACAAAAUCAUGAGGAUUAUGUGAAGCGUAUACGCAUGGAGAACACCAACCCGAGCCAAUCGCAGUCCCAAUCGCAAUCGCAAAGCAAUCAUCAGCGUCUCGGCGAUCGUCGCGAUUCCAAGGAGCACAAGAGCAGCAGCAGCAGCGGCGGCUGCAAGGACGAAAAGCUCAGCUCCUCCAAAUCGCACGGCAGCAGCAGCAGCAGCUCGAAGCAUCAUCGACGCGAAAAGCAUCACAGUAAGAGCGCCAGCAGCAGCAGCGAGGUGGUCAACAAUACCGAACUGGAUGGCAAACAGCAGCAACAGUUGCACACGCUCAAUACCAGCGAGGAGGAGCAGCAGCAGCCGGCCCAGUCGCAGCAACAACAACCACAUCCGCAGCAGCAGCAGCAGCAACGACAACCGUCGAUGCACAAGCAGCAGCGCGAGCAUCAUCACCAUGGCAGCUCGUCAUCGUCGUCGCGGCACAAGAGCAAGCGUGAACAUCAUCAUCAUCGCGAGAAGAAGCGGCACUCGGUGGCCGAGUCCACCAAUACGGACGAGGAGCCCACACACAAUCCGCACAGACGCAUCUCAGCGGCGGGCAGCUCCGCGGGCGAGCUUAGCUCGAACACAGCCAACACGAAUACCUCCAGCAGCAAGUUGCAUCAUCAUCAUCAUCAGCAACACGUGGAGCGGAAAUCAUCGCGUGGCUCAGACGAAGGAGGCGCUUCCUCGAAGAGCGCUUCUCAGCCGCGCAAAAUGAUGCUCAGCUCGGCGGACUCGGAUGACACAGAUGAUGCGUCCAAGAAGCAUUCCAUCUUUGAUAUACCCGACGAUUGCCCCAACGUCUCCAUGUAUGACAAGGUUAAGGCGCGCAGCUGCAAGAAUAUGCAACGCCAGGCCGAGGAGAAGAAGAUCAAGGCCAAGUUCUCGCAGCUUAAGCAAUCGCGAGCCAAAAAGAAGCGCUCCACCAGCUACGAUGGCGACAGCGACACUGAAUUCGAGGAUCGGCUGCAUCAUCGCCUCAGCGGGAGCAGCAGCUUCCAUGGACGCAAUCAUGGCGGCCUCAGCAGCAGCGACGAUGUCAACGACGAUGAGGAUAGGUAUCAUCGCAGCAAGCUGUCACAGAGUCGCAUAUUCUCCGAUUCGGAUGCCGAUGGCGAUGUGGAUGCAGAGGCAGCGGCAUUAAAUGCCAGUCGCAUGCGCCAGCAAAUGCAACAGAAUUUGCGUCGACUGUGCGAUGGCGACGAUAGCUCCGAGGAUGAGAUACGUCGCAAUGUGAUUGGCCACGGGGGCAAAAGAAAUUGCCACUCGACGCGCAUUGCCUCCGACUCGGAAUCGCAAUCGCAGCCAGCACCGGAGCUGAUCGGCAGCAGCAGCGUGGGCAGCGCCAGCAUCAAGCAGGAGCCGGACAUUAAGCAGGAACAGCUCUCGGACAGCGAAAUGCAAAAGUAUCCAAAGUCACGUAACGACUCGCACUCCUCCAACGAGGAGCGUAAACUGAAGACGGAAUUCAAGAAGGAGUACACCGAGUACUUCAACGCCUCCGGCUACACGGGCUUCGUGGGCGACAGUGCCGCCAAGCUCAAGGAGUUCUCCCCGGAAGCGCGCAAGAAGCACAAGAAGAGCAAGAAGCGCCUCAAGUCCUCGGCGGACGCCACCUCCACUGUUGUGGCCGCUGUCACCGCUGGCAGCACGGGCAGCGGAAGCAUCUUUGAUGUGGCUGAUUGCAAGCCCAAUAAAUUCGACAGCUUCGAUGAGCUUAAGACCGAGCAGCAGCAGCCGCAACAGGUAGUGAUCGCUCCCGCGUUGGAAGUUAAUGCCUCCGCGGUGGUGGUGGUGGCCAGCGAGCGGCGCAAACACAAGGAGCGCAAGGAGAAGAAGCGCGAGAAGCUGCGCAACUUGAGCGAGACGAACGCCGGCGGCUCUGUCGAGCAGCUUAGCGAGAAGCUGUCUAAAGAGGAGCGCCAUCGGCUGAAAAAGUCCAAGAAAUCCAAGAGUCUGGACGUAUCGGCUCGCCUGUACAAUGCAUCCAAUGCCUCCUCGCCACCGACGCCCAGCACACUGAGCACGCCGGCGCGUGAGUCUGCGAAGCGUAGCGAGGACAAAAUGGAGGACAUCUUUGGUAUUAUCUCCGACGAGGAGGAGGAAGAGGAGGAAUCCCAACUGACCGAUGAGCCGCCCGACACGGCCAAGGUGCAGCUUUCCACCACAGGACCCAUGGUGUCCGCCGCACUGCAGACCUACAAACAGGAAACACCUCUCUUAAGCCUCAACAUCAACAAAGAGCCGGCAACGCAGCAACUGCAGCUGCAGCAGGAGGAGCUCGAGCUGGAGCGCAGUGAACGCGAGCGACAUCGCAAAGAGAAACGCGAGAAGAAGCGACGCGAAAAGUCCGCACGCGAGCAACAGCAGCAUCAGCAGCAACAACAGCAGCAGCAGCAACAAAAUGCCAACAAGCUGGAUGACGACAACAGCGUGGACAUGGACGAGGCGGGACGUGCACUGGAGGCGCAGCUUAUGGAUGAUUUCGACAGCAAUAAGUUGCCCGAAGAUGCCACUCCCUCCACAGCCACCACCUAUCGCAGCGAUAUGACGGACGUGUUCCGUUUCUCCGACAACGAGGACAACAACUCCAUCGAGCAACAGCAGCAGCAUCUUCAGCUGCCGUCGCAGUCCAGCGAGAAGCAGCAGCAGGUGCUUGACUCCAAGGAAGCGGGGCACAAGAGCAAGGACAAGAAGAAAAAGAAGAAGCGCUCCAAGGAGGAGAAGCAAGAGAAGCUCGAUAAGCAACAACAGCAGCAACAGCAACAACAACAACAGUUGCAGCUGCGACGCGAGUCAACGACAGCAACAGCUGCUGGUCAGGCAGCCGGCGGCGGCGCUUCUUCGGUCAGCUCACUCACUAUCAAUGUGCAGGCAGCGUCAAAACACGCCGAGGAGCAACAAGAGAAGGAAUCGAAGCGCAGUUCGCCGCUCUGCAAACCCUCGCCCAGCUUGCCUUGUCUCAUUGGCGAUGAUGAUGAUGAGGAGCCGCCCAUCUGCCCGAUGCCCGUCAUCAAACCCUCAGCUAGUAGCGGCAGCGGCAGCAACAAUCGCCUGAACCCGGAUACACUCUCGCCGGCCCGCGAGAAGCCGCGCUUGAUAAGCCCCAUUCCCAAGACACCCACCAUAAGCCAGAGCAACAGCUCCAUGUUGUCCACGCAAUCGGCGGAAACGCCUGUGAGCAGCGGUGCGGCGCCUCUGGUUACCACGCCCACAUCCUCAACGGCUGUCGCGGCCGCAGCUUUGGAGUCCAAGUGUGCCGCAGAAAACAGCUCACCAACCAGCGCCGCCUUGAACAAAAAGAAGGAGAUCUUCAUACCCGGCUUUGAUGGUCAACUGGAUGACAAGAUUAGCGAGUCGGCGGUGCAAUCAAUUUCGGCAGAGUUCAACAAUGCACUGCUGGAUGCACUGGCCGAUGAGCCCAAGAUACCUGUGGCCUCGCCACCCGGUGCCAUCAAAGCACUCGACAAGCUGGAGGAUAGCAAAUCUCGUGUGACCAUCUCGCAGGAAGAGACGGAGAGCGCUGUUUCCGCGCUGCUGGGCGAAAGCUUUGGCACAUCCUCAACGGCGGAUUACUCGCUAGACGGCAUGGACGAUAUGACAGCCACGGUCACAGAAGUGGUUGUCGCCGAGCCCGACGAGGAGGCGGCACUCGCUGCCAAGGCCAUCGAGGCGGCUGUCGAAGAGGUCGCCCCUGAGCCCGAGCCCGAGCCUGAAUCGGUGCCCGUUGUGGUCUCCGUAGGCGUCGUGCUCGAUGCCGAAGAGGUGAACAAGGCGGUGCAGAGUCUGCGCAACGAGGACAUGGACAUCAAGGCGGACACGCCGCAAUCCGAACGCGAUCUGCAAAUCGACACAGACACCGAGGAGAACGCCGACGAGGCGGACAGCAGUGGACCCAGUCUCAAGAUCGACGAGACUGUCCCACAGCACAGCGGCUCCUCCGACAAGUCGGGCUCAAGUGCUGCCGACAAAUCGCCCGAGCUCGCUAGCGAGGCCAGCGCCAGGCCCAAACAGGCGUCCGAAACGCCGCAGCCCACAGUCAUUACCAAGCUGGCAGUUACUGUGCCUGCGACAGCAACAGUUGCAGCUACGCCUGCUCCAGCGCCUAAUGCCAGCAUCAGUAACACGGCCAAGUCCAAUCCACAGCAAAUGCUUAAGAUUGAGCCGCCGACCAUCAGUAAGCUGCAACAGCCGCUGGUGCAGCCGGUGCAAACGGUGCUGCCAGCACCUACAACAACAACAACAGCGGCUGCUGCAGCUGCAACAGCAACAGCUCGUCCUGCCACGCCCGUCAUCAAUUUGGAUCUGUCCAAUGUCAUGGCCAAUUGCUCCAGCACAACAAGCAGCAAUAGCUCCGCAUCGCUGUCCUUUGGCAGUCCCACUACCACACAAAAAACCAUGCCGCUGGCCUCCACGCCCAAACAGCAGACGCCAGCAACAGCCCAGCAGCAACAACAACAUCAGCCGUUGCCGCAGCGUACGCAAUCGCUCAUCAUGCAGCCGCCCACCAUAUCUAUACCGGAGCAAGCGCCGCAUUUUGUGGUGCCGCACUUGAUAUUGUCGCCUCAGCAGCAGCAACAUCAACAGCCCGGCGCCUAUUUAAUGCGCGCCCCCUCGCCGCAUAGUCCGCUGUUGUCGCCGGGACGCGGCACGCCCAAUCGCCAGCUAAGUCCAGCUACAAGGCCCAUAGUGCCUACACAGCAACAACUGCAACAGCAGCAGCAGCAACAACAACACCCGCUGUUAGCUUCGCCCACUGGCAACAUCAAUAUGAGUCCGAUGGCCAGUCCGACAGCGCGUGGAGUUGGAGCCACAACAACGUCGCCCACAACCAGCAGCAAAAUGCCUACGCCCAAUAGCUAUCUGCCACGCCCAGCGUUGCCGCAGCAGCAGCAACAACAGCAGCAGCAACAGGCUUCACCGAGCAUGUCCAAGUCUGUCAUUGAGCUGCAAUCGGGCGCAAAUGCUGCACAGAGUGCUCAGUUGAUGCCGCUGCCUUUGCAGAAGAUGCCGCCAUUGCCCGUGUCCCAUCAUCCGACAAUCAUCAGCAAGGUGGUCACCGUGCAGCCACAGCAGGCCAUACAAACUCAGGUGGCCAGCUCGCCGCCCAUGGGCAGUCUGCCGCCGCACAAGAAUCUGCAUGUGAACGCACAGCAACAACAUCAGCAACAGCAACAGCUCUCUCCGCAGAUGUUGUCCAAGAUGAACGCGCAUCAGCAGCAGCAGCAGCAACAGGUGCACAAGUACAUGCAUCAGCAUCUGGAACGCAAGCCGCAGCGACAACAACAUGUGCCACAGCAGCAUCAACAGUUGCAACAACAACAGCAACAACAACAGCAGCAGCAGGCACUUGCACAGCAGCAUAUGCAGCAGCAAAUGCAACAUCCACCCUUGUCGCCGGGUCAUCAUCACGCACAUGCCACACAGCAGCAACAGCAGCAUCAGGCACGGCAACAGCAAUAUCAAGCGCAACAGCAGCAGCAUCAGCACCAGCUGCAACAUCAAGCCCAACAGCAGCAAAUGCAACAGCAGCAGCAGCAACAGCCGAUAACGCACUUGACCCCGCCGCCGCCCAUGUUUGCACAGCAGCAGCAGCAGCAACAACACCAGCAACUGCCACGCAAUUUGCAACAGCAACAACAAGUGAGCCCAACAGGCCUCAAUCCGAGUGCACACAGCUCGCACAGUCCACAGGCACAGCAGCAACAACAACCGCAACAGCAGCAACAACAGCAGCCGCAUCCCGCUGCAAUUAUGGUGCGAGCACCAACACAACAGCAACAACAACAAUCGCUGAAUGUGAUACAGAACGCGCCGUCAGCACAGAAAAUCAUUGUGCAACAGCAAAUUGUGCCGGCACCGACCACAUCUAUACACUAUCCGCUGCCGCCCAAGGACACGACGACUGUGGUGGAGUCGCCAGUGUUGCCGCUAAAGACAUCCGAAAGCGUUUCUGUUAUACGCACUCCCACGCCCACCAUCAGCCUGGCGAGCUCACCGCAGGCGACAAAGGCAGCCGCUGCUGCUGCCGCCGCAGCCGCUUCACUGUUAACCGAGGAGAAUGUCAUCAAGAUCUCACAGCCCAAGCAGGAUGAGCUUAUCGAGCAGGACUCGAAGGAGGUGGACAGCGAUUAUUGGUCCGCCAAGGAGGUGAACAUUGACAGUGUCAUCAAGAAGCUCGAUCCGUCCACAGCAGCCGCUGCGAAGGAGGAUAACCAAAAUAAGCGAACGGCCACACAACAGCAGCCAGCAAUUGAUGUGCCCACGGCAGAGGCAACGCCAGCCUUGGCCAGUGAGCCGCCAUCUGCAGCAGCAGCAGCAUCAGCAACAGUUGCUGCCAGUGCUUUGGCCAAUGCCAGUUCUAAUGAUCACGACACCGAGGAUGAAACCGAGACGCGUCAGUUGAACAUCAAGUCCUUGAAGCAGCUCGGCCGACCGCCGAGCGCACGUGGUACAGGCGCCAAACGUGGACGUCAGCCACGCGGCGCCAAGGCCAAACAGGUUCCCGGACUGCCCCUGAAUCCCACCGAGCCGAGCCUGUUGCUUUCGCCGGGUGACAAUGGUGUGCACACACGACUGCGCAAGCCGGCCACGGCGCCAGUGACGCGUGGCCGCAAAGGCAGACCGCCGCGCAACUUGCUGCAGCAACAACAGCAGCUGCAACAGCAACAGCUGCAGCAGCAGCAUCAGCAGAAGGAGCUUGUCACGCCCACGCCCGCAGUUGUGCCCGUGCCUGUCCCCACAGCCGCUGAGAAGAAGGCACGGAAUCAGGCGUUGACACAAGCGAGCGGCUCCAGUCAGGAUAUUUACGAGUUCCAUGACGAUGUCGGCGAUACGGAGCCAAAGGUCAAGGUAACUGCAGUUACUAACACAGCAGCAGCAGCCGCAGAUGACACGCGACCGCGACUUAUACUAACAAUCAACAAGCUGAAGAACAGCAGCGAACUGGAGAGCCAAGCCGAGGUGCCACAUGUACAGACGCAGCAGCAGCAGCAACAACAACAACAGCAGCAGCAGGCGCAGCAACAGCAGACGCAGCAGCAGCUGGAGCACAACACGGACAGCUCGGAGUCUUGCAACACACGCAAGUCGCGGCGUCUGCAAGAGAAGGAGGAUCGCAGCACCGUGGAUGACAUUAUCGAAGAUGUUGUGCGCAAUACAAACACACAACAGCAGCAACAGCUGCAGCAACAAUUGCAACAACAGCAACAACAACAGUUGCCCAAGGGCGCACAAACGCCGCCGCGACGCUCCGGUCGCAAUGCGCAAGCCAAGAAAACGGAUGCGGCACAAACGCCAAAUGCCGUGGGCAGGCCUAGGCGUUCCAAGGAACGGAAGACCAUUUGUGAGCCGCCAGCUGGUGUGCAGGAGGAGGCGCAGCCACUGUUGCUGCCGCCACCUGCUGCAGCAGCGGUGCCUGCAGCUGUUGCUAUGGUUGAGACGCCAGCAACAAUGCAGCAGCAGCAACAGCAGCAACCACAACAACAGCCGCCAACGCCGCACAUUGCACAUGUCCCGGAGGUCAAGGAAACACCACCACCCCCGCCGCCACCUACAACAACAACAACAACACCACCAGCAGAGCCAUUGCAAGUGCCGCCUGUGGUCCUAACCAAACCAACGCCACAACAUCCCAAGAAGAAGGCGAUUGCCGCAGCCGAAAUCGAAUCAUAUCAGGCCAUCAACUCAUCCAUGCCGCCCAUGCAUCAGACAGCCGCACCGGCGGCCACGCAGAAGAUCACAGGGGGUGCCGCAGAUGCAGUUAGCAAGGCUUUAAUUGAUCCCGUCACGGGUGUCAUUACUGCGGGCAUGCCGCAGGGCAAGGAGGGCAAUUUGCCGGCCGCGAAUGCGGCGGCGCCCGCCAACAGCAGCAAUGAAACGGCGCCAAUGCAGCAGCAGCAGCAACAACAACAGCAGCAACAACUGCAAAUCAGCGGGACGGUCAUAGCACCUUCCACGCCUAUAACAACGCUGAGCAAGCCCGUGCAGCUGCAGGUGCAAGAGGCGGCGGCAACGUUGCUUAACAAGCCCGUCAGCGUGCUGGUUAAGAGCAAUCAGCAACAGCAGCAACAACAACAACAACAACAACAUGUGUUGGCCAACAAGCAGCCGCUGGUGCUGACAACUGUGCUUCAACACGCACAGCACACAACGGUGCGUCCGCCGCAACCGCUAAAAGCGCAUGUGCUGAAUCGCGAGAAGAACCUGCAGCAGCAGCAGCAACAACAUCCACAGUUGACGCCCAACAAACAGCAUCAACAUCAACAGCCGCCACAUCCGGGCCACAUGCUGCUCACUGAUGCUGCCGGCAAUCAACAGCUCCUGCAGCCAAAUCUCAUAGCGCGCCACAUGCUGGGCCAACAGCAGCAGCCGCAACAACAGCAGCAUCUGCUGGUCAACAUACCACCGCCAACAGCGCAUUCGCCGCACUCGCCGCGCAUCACAGCCGCACAGCACGGCCAGCAACAGCAGCAGCAACAGCCACCAAAUGCGCCACAACUGCAGCAGCAACAGCAGCAGACGCUGGUCAUCAAGCAGGCAACAGCCGCAGCGCCAACAGCGCAUCCGCAAAUACUGCAUGUGGUUAGCUCAAAGGCUUCGGUAUUGCCAACGCAGCAGCAACAACAACAACAACCGCCGCAGCAGCUGAGCAAACAGAACUUUAGCUAUGUGCAACAAACACCACAACAACAACAACAACAGCAGCAACCGCAACAGCUGUACAAACAGGCUGUGCAGCAGAAGAGCGCACAGCCGGUGCAGUUGCCGCCGCAUAAUCUCUUGUUGCCGGCACACUCGGCGCUGUUGUUGCAGCCAAAGCCAGCGGCUCAUUUGCAACCGCAGCAGCAUCAGUUGACACCAUCACCGCCACCAGGCAAGCCCAAUCCUGUGGUGCACAGCCUGCAAGCGGUGGGUCAAUUGUUGCCCGGCAGCAUUGGCAGUCCGCCGCCAAUGAAACCAGGACAACAGCAGCAAGCUAAUACAGCUGCAGUUCUGCGCACCGCCAUACCGAACAUCAGUCCACAGGGACAGCCGCGUGUCUCGCCGUUGGUGCUGCCACCGGGCAUAGCCGGCGUGCCGCCCUUCGAUACCAGCAUGCAUGACCUGGGCGCCUAUGUCAGCGGUCGGCGUACACAGAGCCCGCCGCCAGCGCAUCAGCAGGCAUCGCCCAUAACACCGAAUGAUACCGCGUAUCGGGCCGCAAUGCUCUAUCAACACCACAUGAUGCGCAGCGGUGACUAUGACGACAAGAUGAUUAGCAGCAGUCCGCCAUUGGAGCUGCGUCGUCCGGGCAGUGGACCGCCGCGCACCAUUGCCGUGCCGCACAGCCUGCAGAGUCCACAGGAUCGCACUGCAGCGGACUCGCCGCAGAUGGCUCAGGUGUAUGUGCACAAUGCGCGCAUACCGCACGCUCACUUCAGCGAGAUGGCCACACGUGGCGGUUACUACGAGAGUGCCGGCAUGCAGCUGGAGCCGCCGCCGGCGCACCGUGCGGCAGCUUCGAUAAGUGUUGUGGUGCCACCACCGCCGACAGUUGCCAGCGGCAGUCCGUACAUCAGCGGCGGCGCUUCAGUGUCUGUCUCCGUGCAGCCGGGACCGCAUAGCCUACAUCCCAGCCAGGCCAAGCUCUUGGAGCGCGAACGUGAGAACGAACGGCUAUCCAUAGUAGCAGCAGUUGCCAAGCAACAGCAGGAGCAUUUGAGCGCGUCUGUAAUGCACGGCGGCAUGGAGCUGACCACACAGCAGCCGCAGCCCCAGCCGGGGCCACCACCACCCGCCGCAAUGCCACCACCGCCGGGCGACUCGCUCGUCACAUUGCUGCAACGCUAUCCGGUCAUGUGGCAGGGUCUGUUGGCACUGAAGACCGAUCAGGCGGCCGUUCAGAUGCACUUUGUGCAUGGCAACCCGAAUGUGGCGCGUGCCUCGCUGCCCAGCAUGGUGGAGAGUGCCACACCACAACUGCGAAUUGCGCAGCGCAUGCGUCUCGAGCAGACGCAGCUGGAGGGUGUUGCCAAAAAGAUGCAGGUGGACAAGGAGCACUGCAUGCUGCUGGCGCUGCCAUGCGGACGCGAUCAUGCGGACGUGCUGCAGCAUUCGCGUAAUCUGCAGACCGGAUUCAUAACCUAUCUGCAGCAGAAGAUGGCCGCUGGCAUUGUGAAUAUACCCAUGCCGGGCAGCGAUCAGGCUGCGUAUGUGGUGCACAUAUUUCCCGCGUGCGAUUUCGCCAAUGAGAAUCUGGAGCGUGCUGCGCCCGAUCUCAAGAACCGUGUUGCCGAGCUGGCGCACCUAUUGAUUGUCAUUGCCACCGUCUAAUCGAAUUGCAGGCGGUUGGUUUUAACCAGAUCUACAUAAAAAAACAUACAAAUAUGAAAAUUAAAAAAACACCGACUAUGUCUCCUCUAUAGAAAAAAACUGCAAGAACAACCACAACAAGAACAUCAAGAACAACUGAAACAAACACAUGUAAAGU